CACUGUGGGACACUGCAGUAGCAGUUUCUCUGUGAUUGUGCCAUGCUUGGUGGAUAUGAUGCUGCUGAAUAAUACACAGAAUAUUCACAAUUCAGACACAGAGGCACUGUCCAAUAGACCCACUGUUAUUUUUUUUAGGAAUGAAGAAAAAGAUUCAAGUGGAAUAAGAUCUUUUGAAUUCAGUGACUGCAAUUAUAUACAACACAUCACCAUAAUAAAUUGCCUCAGUUUGUUUCCCCGUUGUCGGGUCAUUCUGGUCCUCCUGUGUUCCUCGUUCUCCUGUGCUCUGAAGUUUUACCAAAUUACCCGACCAAGAGAGGGCCAGGCAACGGGGCUGAAAGGAAUCGGGCUGUGUAAUCAGCUCUGGAGGCAGCCCCUUGUGCAGCUGCCUCCGAGCCGCUCCGGGGCUCCUCCUGUCUGCCACCGCUCUGGCCAGCCCGAUCCGUGGGACUCAAUCGGGAGGACGCUCUCCUCCCACCAUGAGCAGCUUCGGUCGCUUGCGGAAGCAGUUCAGACCACCCAGGAUCUGCUGCGAGGGCUGUCGGGCCAGAUCGGUCAGCUGAUGGUUGCUGUCCUCGCCCGCCGGCAGAAUCGUCCUACCGCGCCGCUGCCCUGCGCACCCGAGCCGUCCGAGGUCUCCUCCGCACCCGAGCCGUCCGAGGUCUCCUCCGCACCUAAGCUUCCUGAAUUUCCCAGCGUUUUCGAGUCUUGUGAGCUUUCUAGUGCUCACAGGCCCUGCCGCCGGUCUCUAGGGUUUCGCCGGCCGGCUGAGCCGCAGCUUUGUCACCGGGGUCUCCCGCAGCGGCGCCCGCCUAUGGCUCUGCUUUUCCGUCAACCAGUUUCUUGGUGUGGAUUUUUUUUUUCUUUUUCCCUCCUUCUGAGACCCCCAUCCGACCACCCUGGCUGGGUUGUUUUCGUUUUUUUUGGACUGGACAUUGAUGGGCGUCUGGAAUCCGCCCUUAAGAGGGGGGUAAUGUCAGGAUCCUCAGAGUUGUGUUCUUGUUUGAUUGGACUCACCUGCGUUUAAUUGUCCCCAUUGUGUAUUUAAGUUGCCUCAGUUUGUUUCCCCGUUGUCGGGUCAUUCUGGUCCUCCUGUGUUCCUCGUUCUCCUGUGCUCUCAAGUUUUGCCGUAAGUCUCUUGUUUCAUUAAAAUGAUCUGUUUAAUCCCA